AUGGGUGUGGAAGUGAGAAUAAUCUGCAGAUUCGAUGCAGCUUCGUCGAGAACUAGAGAGAUGAUAACGUUCUCUGCAAAUCGAACCACGAACGAGCUUGGACUCUACAAGCUAGAUAUAACGUCAGUGGAAGACGUUGCUUGUGCUGCAGAAGCAGAGAAAGACUUUGUUUAUACAGUUUAA